AGGUGGGUCCCAGCUGCCUCCUAUCAUGUUGACCUUUGGCCUCAGUACCCUCUGACGAGGGUGAUGGGUGGGGCUAUACAUAAUGCCACAUCCUUCUUCCUCAGCAUUCAGUCUGCUCUGGUUAUGGAGGGCGGGGACCCUAGAAUUCUCUAUGCUGAAGACGUAGGUUAGCCCUAUCUCUCCCACAUAGAGGUGCUGGAGGAAGAGGCUGAGGGGGGACUUGUGCAAGGGCAAGGGCAGAGACCCAGCCUGUGGAGGAAGAGUGUGGCUGGGGCCCCAUAAAGACCUGCGUGUCCUUGAGGUUCUUCUACCCAGAACUCCCUAAGAGGUCCAAGGACAGAGGACAACAUGGACUGUCUUCCGGACUCAGGCCGUGGCCUCAUUCCUGCCUGGAAGACGCUUCUACUAACAGGUGCCCUGCUUGUCUCCUGCACCUGCUCUGCCACCUCCAAGCCACCCCACAUGGAAGGAGCUGGCCCCCACCUGCUUGACCCCAGAGCCCCUGAAGGAGUUCUCAGCACUUCUUGGUUCCGAGAGUUUGAAGCCCAGCCGCCAGCCGCGUCCCCUCUCAAGGGCCUCCGGGGACUUCCUCACACUAGCCAAGAGGUGCUACACACUGAAGACAGCUCGGUCAUCAGGGAUGUAUCAGCUCAAAACUCAGAGAGCCACGCCGAGGUUCUGGACGCCGUCAGGUCCCAUAGGACUGAAGUCAAGAACAGGGCCAGCCUGGUCCCACUGGUGACCUUCCCAGAGGCUUUGAAGGGCACAGUCUACAGUGACCUUAACUACUCUGUGAUCCUGCAGUGGAGGGUGACCAUGGACCCAGAGCCCAUGCUGAGGUGGACCUUCAAUGGGAAGCCAUGCGGAACUGGGGACAAGCUAUUUAUCCGGCGACUGUCCCCAAAUCAGCUGGGCACGUAUCUGUGUAUAGCCAAGAAUACAAACGAAGAGCGGGUAUCUGAGCCGGUGACCGUCUCCUUGAGCCAAGACAACGUGGCUCCCACAGUUCCGGAUCCCACAAUUGCCUAUCCCACGACGUCAAACGACUACAUGGCGCUCUCAGGAGGACCCGCCAUCGUCCUCAUCGUAGCAGCCACACUGGGAGGCCUAGCACUGAUCGGAGCUAGCUGCUUCUAUUUAGUCCGGGGAAUUAAGAACACACAGAGAUAAGGAAUGUGCAGCUGAGCCAUGAGCGCAUAAAUCUCUACCCAAAGCCGAUCCCACGACAGGAGUCUCAGAAAAGGACAUGGCCCUCGUCAAGCUCCUCUUCCCUCCCAGUUGUCCCCAUGAUGUCCCCAGCUAAACAAAGCAUGUUCUGUCCUGCCCACCACCAGCAACCCAUCUUCACAGCCCACCUACUCCUGGAACACUGUCUCUAUUCUUCAGCCUCACCAAACAAAAGAAACUUCCUGGCUUAGCUGAAGGGAGGAGUGGGGUAACGGAGGAAGAAUUUAACAGAAGUCAUGAAGAUUUCCCAGAGUCCUAGCGUGUAUCUGGCAGCCUCCGCACGGUAAUAAAUUGCCUCUGGACCUC